ACCCCUCUCCCCAUUCCCACCUCACCCACCAGGCCCAGCUGGCCCGAGCACUGUAUGACAACACUGCUGAGUCCCCCCAGGAGCUGUCCUUCCGCCGAGGGGAUGUUCUGCGGGUACUGCAACAGGAAGGUGCUGGCGGGCUGGACGGCUGGUGCCUCUGCUCCCUGCAUGGCCAGCAGGGCAUUGUGCCUGCCAACAGAGUGAAGCUCCUUCCUGCUGGCCCAGCACCCAAGCCCAGCCUCUCCCCAGUGCCCCCAUCCCCCCAGCCCAGCUCAUCUUAUCCAGUCCUGGAUCACGGCAAAGAGGAGCAGGAGGUAUAUGUGGUGCCACCCCCAGCUCGGCUCUGUCCUGCCUCAGGACCUCCAGCUGGAUCCUCUCCACCCUCCCCUGACUCUAUCUACAAGAUCCCCAGAAGCAGUGGGACCCAGCUUGCUGCCUCCGGAGAUAUCUUAGAGGUCUAUGAUGUGCCCCCCACUGCCCUCCGGGUUCCUUCCAAUGGCCCCUAUGACUGCCCCAUCUCCUUUUCCUACCCUCUGGCUCGGGCUGCCCCGAAGUCCCCUGGAGAGGAUGAAGCUUUCUACGAUGUGCCUUUGGCGCUGAAGCCAUCUGCUGAACUGGAGCCAGAUGUAGAGUGGGAAGGGGGCCGGGAACCAGGGCCCCCUCUCUAUGCUGCCCCCUCCAACCUGAAACGGGCAUCAGCCCUCCUCAACCUGUAUGAAGCACCUGAGGAACUGCUGGCAGAUGGGGAAGGCGGGGGCACUGACGAGGGUAUCUACGAUGUGCCCCUACUAGGGCCGGAGGCUCCCCCUUCUCCAGAGCCCUCAGGAGCCUCAACCUCCAAAGACCUGGACACCUUGGGCCAGCUUCUGGCCAGAAGCCCUCCACCCCCACACAGGCCCCGACUACCCUCAACUGAAAGCUUGUCCCGCCGCCCUCUGCCUGCCCUGCCUGUCCCUGAGGCCUCCAGCCCUUCUCCAGCUCCCUCUCCUGCCCCAGGCCGCAAAGGCAGCAUUCAGGACCGGCCUCUACCCCCACCCCCACCCCGCCUUCCAGGCUAUGGAGGCCCUAAAGUGGAAGGUGAUCCAGAGGACAGGGAAGUAGGAGAUGAUCCUGCAGGACACCACAAUGAGUAUGAGGGCAUUCCAGUGGCUGAGGAGUAUGACUAUGUCCACCUAAAGGGCAUGGAUAAAGCUCAGGGAUCUAGGCCCCUGGAUAAGACCUCCACAGGGGAUCCUGAAUUGCUGGAGAAGGGACUACCAGUGCAGCAGGAGGCCCUGUCCCCAGGGGAGCCACUCGUUCUAUCCACUGCAGAUCUACAACUCCUACACUUCUAUGCAGGACAGUGCCAGAGCCACUACUCAACACUGCAGACAGCUGUGUCAGCACUGAUGUCCAGCACCCAGACUAAUCAACCCCCACGCCUCUUUGUGCCCCACGGGAAGAGGGUGGUAGUGGCUGCUCAUCGCCUGGUGUUUGUUGGGGACACACUGGGCCGGCUGGUAGCCUCUGCCCCUUUGCGAGCACAGGUUGGGGCUGCCGGUACAGCACUAGGCCAGGCACUACGGGCCACUGUGCUGGCUGUCAAGGGAGCCGCACUGGGCUACCCAUCUGGCCCUGCAGCCCAAGAGAUGGAGCAGUGUGUGGUAGAAUUGGCCAGUCAGGCCCUCCGGUUCACCACCCUGCUCACCAGCCUGGCCUCCUGAGGGCCUUGGCACAACUCUGCCCCUCCCUGACCUGCCAAAGCUCCCCUUCGGUUCUCAGGUGGCUGGAGGGCUCUGUUUUAGGGACUAGGAGAGGUGGUAGUAUCUUUCCCCUUUCCUGCCCCUUCCUGUCAUCUCAGCCUCUUACAGGCAUCUUUUCUUUCUAACCCAUAGCUUUUUA